AUGGUUUUUGACAAUCACCACACUAAUAGAGUCAUCCACCGUGGGACAUUUGCGUCUUUGUCUCGCCUCUACGGCGCGCUGGACUCUAUUCUCUCCAUAGUUCUUUGCUCCCGCGAAAAAACUAGCUCUCCAUCCCGGGCAAACACAUCCCAGUUCUCAAUAUUGAUAGAAAAUUCCUUCACGGACGUUUUACACUGGUCCUUGAAGCGAAUUUACGCUUGCACUCAGACUGUUCCCCAUACAAUAUACUCGUUAGAAUUUUGCGUCUAUUUAGUGCAUAUUUUUGUUCAUUUUUUUUCUUCCUUUUUCAUUCCCACUUUUCUCUGCUUCAUUCUUCUCUACAUAUUUCUUCUUUACGUUCUCUUGAUAUUUCUUUAUUUUUUUGUUUGUCUACUCUUUCUUAUCUCUCUUUGUUUCUUUUUUUCUUCUUCCUUUCUCACCUUUCUAUUUCUCUUCAUUUUGUUUCUUUUUUUCCUCUUUCCUUUCUCUCCUUUCUAUUUCUCUUCAUUUUGUUUCUUUUUUCCUCUUUCCUUUCUCCCCUUUCUAUUUCUCUUCAUUUUGUUUCUUUUUUUCUCUUCCUUUCUCCCCUUUCUAUUUCUCUUCAUUUUGUUUCUUUUUUCCUCUUCCUUUCUCCCCUUUCUAUUUCUCUUCAUUUUGUUUCUUUUUUUCCUUUUCCUUUCUCUUUUGUUUCUUUUUCUCUUUUUCUCUUCAUUUUGUUUCUUUUUUCCUCUUCUUUCUCCCCUUUCUAUUUCUCUUCAUUUUGUUUCUUUUUUUCCUUCUUGCUUUCUCCCCUUUCUAUUUCUCUUCAUUUUGUUUCUUUUUUGCUCUUCCUUUCUCCCCUUUCUAUUUCUCUUCAUUUUGUUUCUUUUUCCUCUUCCUUUCUCCCCUUUCUAUUUCUCUCCAGUUUGUUUCUUUUUUUCCUCUUUCCUUUCUCUCAUUUCUAUUUCUCUUCAUUUUGUUUCUUUUUUCCUCUUCCUUUCUCCCCUUUCUAUUUCUCUCCAGUUUGUUUCUUUUUUUCCUUUUUCCUUUCUUUCCUUUCUAUUUCUCUUCAUUUUGUUUCUUUUUUCCUCUUUCCUUUCUCUCCUUUCUAUUUCUCUUCAUUUUGUUUCUUUUUUCCUCUUUCCUUUCUCUCCUUUCUAUUUCUCUUCAUUUUGUUUCUCUUUUUUCCUCUUCCUUUCUCUCCUUUCUAUUUCUCUUCAUUUUGUUUCUUUUUUCCUCUUCCUUUCUCCCCUUUCUAUUUCUCUUCAUUUUGUUUCUUUUUUUUCCUCUUCCUUUCUCUCCUUUCUAUUUCUCUUCAUUUUGUUUCUUUUUUCCUCUUCCUUUCUCCCCUUUCUAUUUCUCUUCAUUUUGUUUCUUUUUCCUCUUCCUUUCUCUCCUUUCUAUUUCUCUUCAUUUUGUUUUUCUUUUUUUUCUUCUCUUUCUCCCCUUUCUCCUUUCUCUUCAUUUUGUUUCUUUUUUUUCCUUUUUCCUUUCUUUGUUUCUCUUUUUCUCUUCAUUUUGUUUCUUUUCAUUUUGUUUCUUUUUUUUCCUUUCCUUUUCCCUUUCUAUUUCUCUUCAGUUUGUUUCUUUUUUUUUCCUUUCUCCCCUUUCUAUUUUCUUCAUUUUGUUUCUUUCCUUUUUCCUUUUCCCUUUUCUAUUUCUCUUCAUUUUGUUUCUUUUUUCUCUUCCUUUCUCUCCAUUUCUAUUUCUCUUUUUUCUUUUUCCUUUUCCUUUCUCCCCCUUUCUAUUUCUCUUCAGUUUGUUUUCCUCUUCCUUUCUCCCCUUUUCUUUUCUCUUCUUUUUUUCUUUUUUUUUUCCUUUCUUUCUCCCUUUCUAUUUCUCUUCAUUUUGUUUCUUUUUUUCCUUUUCCUUUCUCCUUUCUAUUUCUCUUCAUUUUGUUUUUUUCUCUUUUUCCUCCUUUCUAUUUCUCUUCUUUUGUUUUUUCUUUCUAUUUCUUCUUUCAUUUUGUUUCUUUUUUUCCUUCUUGCUUUCUCCCCUUUCUAUUUCUCUUCAUUUUGUUUCUUUUUUUCUCUUCCUUUCUCCCCUUUCUAUUUCUCUUCAUUUUGUUUCUUUUUUUCCUCUUCCUUUCUCCCCUUUCUAUUUCUCUUCAUUUUGUUUCUUUUUUCCUUCUUUCUUUUUUCCUUUUCUCUUUGUUUUUUUUUCCCCUUUUCUUUUUUUUCUUCAGUUUGUUUCUUCAUUUUUCCCCUUUCUUUUUUUCUCAUUUUGUUUCUUUUUUUCUUUCCCUUUCUAUUUCUCUUCAUUUUGUUUCUUUUUUCCUCUUCCUUUCUCCCCUUUCUAUUUCUCUUCAUUUUGUUUCUUUUUUUUUUCCUUUUCUUCUUUCUAUUUCUCUUCAUUUUGUUUCUCUUUUCCUUUUUCCUUUUGUUUUUCUCUUUUUUGUUUUUUUUUUCCUCUUUCCUUUCUCUCCUUUCUAUUUCUCUUCAUUUUGUUUCUUUUUUUUCAUCCUCUUCCUUUCUCCCCUUUCUAUUUCUCUUCAUUUUGUUUUUUUUUCCUUUUCUCUCCUUUCUUUUCUCUUCAUUUUGUUUCUUUUUCCUCUUCCUUUCUCCUUUCUUUUCUCUUCAUUUUGUUUCUUUUUUCCUCUUCCUUUCUCCCCUUUCUAUUUCUCUUCAUUUUGUUUCUUUUUUCCUUUUUCCUUUCUCUCCUUUCUAUUUCUCUUCAUUUUGUUUCUUUUUUUUCUUCCUUUCUCCUUUCUAUUUCUCUUCAUUUUGUUUUCUUUUUCCUCUUCCUUUUUUUCUAUUUCUCUUCAUUUUGUUUCUUUUUCCUUUCCUUUCUCAUUUCUAUUUCUCUUCAUUUUGUUUCUUUUUUCUUUCUUUCCUUUCUCCCCUUUCUAUUUCUCUUCAUUUUGUUUCUUUUUUCCUCUUUCCAGUUUUCUAUUUCUCUUCAUUUUGUUUUUUUUCUUUUCCUUUCUCCUUUCUAUUUCUCUUCAUUUUGUUUCUUUUUUUCCUUUUUUUCCUUUCAUUUUGUUUCUUUUUUCCUUUUUCCUUUCUCCCCUUUCUAUUUCUCUUCAUUUUGUUUCUUUUUUUCCUCCUUUUCUCUCCCCUUUCUAUUUCUCUUCAUUUGUUUCUUUUUCCUCUUCCUUUCAUUUUAUUUCUCUUCAUUUUUUUCUUUUUUUUCCUUCUUGCUUUUUCUCCCCUUUCUAUUUCUCUUCAUUUUGUUUCUUUUUUUCCUCUUCCUUUCUCCCCUUUCUUUCUUCAUUUCUCUUUUUUUCUUCCUUUUCUUUCUUUUUUUCCUUCAUUUUGUUUCUUUUUUUCUUUCCUUUCUAUUUCUCUUCAUUUUUGUUUCUUUUUUCCUCUUCCUUUCUCCCCUUUCUAUUUCUCUUCAUUUUGUUUCUUUUUUUUCUUUCCUUUCUCUCCUUUCUAUUUCUCUUCAUUUUGUUUCAUUUUUCCUCUUCCUUUCUCCCCUUUUUUCUCUUCAUUUUGUUUCUUUUUUCUUUCCUUUCUCCCCUUUCUAUUUCUCUCCAGUUUGUUUCUUUUUUUUUCUUUUUCCUUUUUCUCUUCAUUUUUUCUUUUUUUCUCUUCAUUUUCUUUCUUUUUUUUCUUUUCCUCUUCCCUUUCUCUCCUUUCUAUUUCUCUUCAGUUUGUUUUUUUUUUUUCCUUUCUCCCUUUCUAUUUCUCUUCAUUUUGUUUUUUUUUUCCUCUUCCUUUCAGUUUCUAUUUCUUUUUUUUGUUUUUUUUUUUUUUUCCUUUCUCUCCUUUCUAUUUCUCUUCAUUUUGUUUCUUUUUUCCUCUUCCUUUCUCUCCUUUUCUAUUUCUCUUCAUUUUGUUUCUUUUUUCCUCUUCCUUUCCUUUUCUAUUUCUCUUCAUUUUUGUUUCUCUCCUUUCUAUUUUCUUCAUUUUUUUUUUUUUCCUCUUCCUUUCUCUCCUUUCUAUUUCUCUUCAUUUUGUUUCUUUUUUCCUCUUCCUUUCUCCCCUUUCUAUUUCUCUUCAUUUUGUUUCUUUUUUUUCCUCUUUCUCUUCUUUUGUUUCUUUUUCCUUUCUUUUUCUCUUCAUUUUCUUUUGUUUUUUUUUUCCUCUUCCUUUCUCCCCUUUCUAUUUCUUUCUUUUUCAUUUUGUUUUUUUUUUUUUUUCCUUUCUCCUUUCUAUUUCUCUUCAUUUUGUUACUUUUUCCUCUUCCUUUUCCCCUUUCUAUUUCUCUUCAUUUUGUUUCUUUUUUCCUUUUCCCUUUUUCUAUUUCUCUUCAUUUUGUUUCUUUUUUUUCUCUUCAUUUUCCCUUUCUUUUUUUCAUUUUGUUUCUUUUUCCUUUCCUCCCCCCUUUCUAUUUCUCUUCAUUUUGUUUCUUUUUUUCUUCCUUUCUCCCCUUUCUAUUUCUCUUCAGUUUGUUUCUUUUUUUCCUUUUCCUUUUUCCCCUUUCUAUUUCUCUUCAUUUCUUUUUCUCUUCAUUUUGUUUCUCUUUUUCUCCUCUUUUGUUUCUCUCCUUUCUAUUUAUCUUCAUUUUGUUUCUUUUUUUUCUCUUCCUUUCUCCCCUUUCUAUUUCUCUUCAUUUUGUUUCUUUUUUUCCUUUUCCCCUUUCUUUCCCCUUUCUAUUUCUCUCCAGUUUGUUUCUUUUUUUUCCUCUUUCCUUUCUCUCCUUUCUAUUUCUCUUCAUUUUGUUUCUUUUUUUUUUCCUCUUCCUUUCUCCCCUUUCUAUUUCUCUCCAUUUUGUUUCCUCUUUUUUUUUUCUAUUUCCUUUCUCUCCUUUUCUAUUUCUCUUCAUUUUGUUUCUCUUUUUUUUCCUCUUCCUUUCUUUCUCCUUUCUAUUUCUUCUCUUCAUUUUGUUUCUUUUUUGCUCUUCCUUUCUCCCUUUCUAUUUCUCUUCAUUUUGUUUCUUUUUCCUCUUUUUUCCUUUCCUUUCUCUUUUCUAUUUCUCUUCAUUUUGUUUCUUUUUUUGUUUUCUUCCUUUCUCCCCCUUUCUAUUUCUCUUCAUUUUGUUUCUUUUUUCUCUUUCCUUUCUCUCCUUUCUAUUUCUCUUCAUUUUGUUUCUUUUUUCCUCUUCCUUUCUCCCCUUUCUAUUUCUCUCCAGUUUGUUUCUUUUUUUCCUUUUUCCUUUCUCUCCUUUCUAUUUCUCUUCAUUUUGUUUCUCUUUUUUCCUCUUCCUUUCUCUCCUUUCUAUUUCUCUUCAGUUUGUUACUUUUUUCCUCUUCCUUUCUCCCCUUUCUAUUUCUCUUCAGUUUGUUUCUUUUUUCCUUUUUCCUUUCUCUCCUUUCUAUUUCUCUUCAUUUUGUUUCUUUCUUUUUCCUGCUUCUUCCCUUCUCUCCCUUUUCUAUUUCUCUUCAUUUUUGUUUUUUUUCCUCUUCCUUUCUCCCCUUUCUAUUUCUCUUCAUUUUGUUUCUUUUUUUUUCCUUUUCCUUUCUCUCCUUUCUAUUUCUCUUCAUUUUUCUAUUUCUCUUUUUUGUUUCUCUUUCUUCCUUUCCUUUCUCCUUUUCUAUUUCUCUUCAUUUUGUUUCUUUUUCCUUCUUCCUUUCUCCCCUUUCUAUUUCUCUUCAGUUUGUUUCUUUUUUUCCUUUUUCCUUUCUCUCCUUUCUAUUUCUCUUCAUUUUGUUUCUCUUUUUUCUCUUCCUUUCUCUCCUUUCUAUUUCUCUUCAUUUUGUUUCUUUUUUCCUCUUCCUUUCUCUCCUUUCUAUUUCUCUUCAUUUUGUUUCUCUUUUUUCUCUUUCCUUUUCUCUUUUCUUCUAAUCCAUAUCUACUUUUAUUUCGUUAUCAUUUUUUUACUUUUACUUUUCUGUUUCUUCUCUCUUUUUUCUCCUCCUGUCACAUUUCCCUUCCUCUUCCCUCUGCCUUUUUCUUCAACUUUAAUUAA